UGGAGAAGCGAGUACUGUUCUAGCCAGUUACGUUCGGGCGCAUUCAUACCACGUUCAACUCCCCCGCUAUCUGAACUUCGACCUCCUCCAUCCAACUCCUCCCCAUUACCACUGGACAAUGGAUCUCAAAGCGGAGGACAGAUCCGACCGCCGUCUGUCGACAGCACGCUACUCCCGCGACUCAAGCGUGUGGACGGAGGGCGACUUUGAGGUUAUUACCUCGGACCGGGUCCGCUAUCUCGUGCCCUCCUACCACCUCUUCGGAUCGAGCAAACUGUUCCGCGACGCGCAGAACUUCGAGUCCCCACCUUCCUGGCCGGUAAAGUACUCCGUCACGCUCCCCGACCCCGAGUUCGAGACCGCAGCAGUCUUCGACCUCUUCCUGGACCUCAUAACCAACGUUCCGCUCUCCGGCUUGCUCAUGCACAUCCGCACCCUCUCCUUCCCCGACUGGCUGUGCGUCUGCGGCCUCUUCAAGCUUCUACACAAGUGGGAGGUCGCCCGCCCCUUCCACAAGUUGCUGCGGCACAAUAUCGACACCGAGCUCCGCGACCCCGACAUGGCCCUCGAGUACUUCGCCAUCGGCGCCAUCGCGGACGACGCGGAUAUCUGCCGCGCGGUGCUCCAGCAUCACGCCGCCAACCUCGCGUCCUUCAACCCCGCCUACUUCCCCUACUACAUGUGGAAGGCGUGCCCGCCUACAUAUCUCGGGGCGCUCGUGCGCGUGUGGGCCGACGCAGGGGGCAACGAGAAUUACUGCCACAAGGUCGUCUCGCGGUUUAAUCUUCACCUCACUGACUUUGCCUUCAGCGAGGCGCAGCUCGCGCUCCGCGCGUCGAACUCUGGUCGCGGCUUCGCCGGGAACGGAUAGGCGAGGCUGGCUGGAUGCGGUGUCUAUAGGGGACUGGUUUGGGAUGCGCAGCUUCGCGUCCGCUGCGCCCUACGCUUCCUCAUGUGACAUGAGG